AUGAAACUCACCCCACGUGACAGUCGCCGCAACUCGCAAGGCACUCGACUAGAAGGAGUGGAUGUGAGGCACCCAUCUCUGGAGGAGAGGAUGCCCCUCCAAAUCCAAGAUGCCCGCCUGGGGACUCCCACAGAGAGAUGGUUUCCUUUGGUUGGUGGUAUCCGAAUCCAUCCAAGUCUAGAAGUAAGCCCGAGACAAGUGAACAAAGGCUGGCAUAAGCACAAGGGCGAGCUGAUGUUCGAGGUCUCGAUCGCAAAAUAUCGCACGCACCCUAACCCUAGCCCCGUCCUGUCGCUUGCCUUUCAGCCUCCUCACGCCUCUCCUCUCCGAUUCUCUGACCUCCGCCCGCGCCUCUGCCUCCGCCUCCGGCCUCGGUCUCCGGCGUCGGCCUUCAAAGACUGCCUCCAGCCUCCGCCUCUAACCUCCGCGUCCGGCCUCUGCCUCCAGCCUCAUCCACCUACAAUACAAUUAAAUUGA